AUGCAUCCUCGUACAGCCUCUAAAUUAAGUAUUUUAGCAUCAGGAGCAUGGGAUAAUAAACCAAUCGAUUAUAAUAAUGAUGAUGAUGGUGAUUUAACAACAUACGAUGGUGAAAGUACUGAUCAUUUUACACAACAUCAUCAAAUUAAAAAAUAUAAUAUUAGUUUAUUACCUGAGAAAAAUCUCUUAACAAUAUUUUCUUAUUUAACUCUUCAAGAAUUACUACGAUGUUCACUUGUUUGUCGUCAAUGGCGUUCUUUAUCACAAAAUAGUCGAUUAUGGAAAAGAGUUUAUCUUCGACCAGAAUAUAAUGGACUUCAUAUAUCAAAUGUGAACAAAUUUAUAACAAUGAUUAGUAAAAGAUUUUCUCUUGCUUUACAAUAUAUUGAUUUACCUAUUGAAUUAAUAACAAUUGAUAUUUUACAUGAAUUAGCAAAUAAAUGUCCAAAUUUAAAUCGUUUAACAUUAGAUUUUUCUACGGCUAUGCAAUUACAUGAUUUUAAUGAAUUAAAUAUAUUUCCAUGUAAUUUAAAAAUGUUAUGUAUUUGUUUAUCCGAUGUUAUUUUUCUAGAAGGUUUUAUGAGAAAAAUAUAUUCAUUUUUAUCAUCAUUAGAAACAUUACAUAUUAUUGGAACAAUUGAAAAAUCAACAGAUCCUGAAGAAGAAAUUUAUGAAACUAUUAAUAUUAGUAAAAUAAAAUUACAUACACCUAAUUUACGUGUGAUUAAUUUAUAUGGCAUUUAUUUCAUUGACGAUUAUCAUAUUGAAGCAAUUGCAUCUGGCUGUAUUCAUCUUGAAUGUUUAGCUUUGAAUUUUUGUACUCGAAUUAAAGGUACAUCAUUUGUGAAUGUAAUUCAACGAUGUCGAAAAUUGAAAUGUUUACUAUUACAAAAUACAGGUAUUGAAGAUAGUCCAAUGUGUUCUGUGGCAUGGGAAUCAUCAUAUUUAAGUGAGCUUGAUAUAUCAUCAACAGAAUUAACUGAAGAAUGUCUAUUAGACAUAUUUUUUCGAAUGCCUAAAUUAAAUUAUUUAGCAGUACCCAAUUGUGAUGGUUUUACAGACAAAGUACUUGAAAUAUUAAUUCAUCAUGGAAAAUUAUCUACAUGUCGUGCAAUUGAUUUGAGUAAUACGGUUAAUCUUGAUUAUGAAAUUGUUUUUACAUUUUUAACAAAACAUGGUCGACAUCUUCAAGGCAUUGCUUAUGCUGGUGCUGCUAAUGUAACAGAAGAAUUUUGGAGAAAUAUAAUAAAAUCAUUAAAAAAUAUCAAAAUUAUGAUCAUGGGUUCACCGUAUGGUAUGUUUAAAAAAAUUACAACUAAAGUACAUGUUGAUCAAAUUUUGGAUGCUUGUGCACAAUAUUGUUCAAAAUUAGAACGUUUAGAAAUUCAAUGGGAUCCGGAUACGGUUCGAUAUAGUGAUUAUAGUAGUAAAUUUAUUGAUCAUCUUCGAACUCGUUGUACUUAUUUACAAUCAUUAGUUUUAUCGGAUGGUGCCUAUUAUGAAGUUGUUAAAGCAAACUUUGAACGUGCAGAGAGAAAUACCGUUGUGAGAACAACAACAAUGUAUCGAACAAGUAAUGUUAGUCUAUUACAUUAUUAUAAUGAAUUGAGAUUUAAUUAA